UACUUUUUUUUCCCCCCACGGUUUCGCAAGUAAACGAUACAGUGGUCAAGUCAUCCCCAACAAUCAAUAGCCGCUCCAUACUUUUUUCCCCCACACGGUUUCGCAAGUAAACGAUACAGUGGUCACCGCGCCGCCGCGCCCAGAGAAAAACAGAGUCCAUGCUUCAGCAACUCGUCGUCAGAGCAGAGUUGCUGCCGAGUGAAUAGAGGGCCCGGCAAUUCCUCAGUCUCCGCAUUGUAGGAGGAAGCUCGAGCUGCGUGCCGCAGGAAGGAUCGAUGGCCGAUCCGGUGGCCACCGUGGAGAAGAUCGUCAAAAUCGGGCUCAAGAUCAAGGAGGCCGUGGACAAGGCUCGCCACAACGAGGAGGAUUGCCGCGAGAUCACGAGGCGCGUGCUGAGGUUCAGCGCCAUCCUGUCGCAGCUGCAGCAGACGGGGACGGUGGCUGACAGCCCGGCGAUGGCCGGCGCGCUGGAGGACCUGGAGGAGACCCUGCAGCGUGCCCUCGAGCUGGUCACGGCCUGCCAGGAGAGGAGCACCAUCCGCCGCCUCGUUGCGGCCGGGGACCUGUCGAGGCAGCUGCGCCGGGUAAAAGAUGACAUCUUGAAUAAAGUGAUGCUGGCGUCUUUCGCCAUCAACGCCCACACCACCAUCGUGUUGCUUACUAUUCAGGCUGGUGGUCAUCCUCCGCCCCGGCAGCAGCAAGCGGAUGCAGGACUGCCGGAUAUAUCAACUAGCAUUCAUUCAACUGAAGAUGCUAGGUCUGAUUUGAACGGUGAGGAAAACAUUGUACUAACAGGAAAUGAUCCCCCCUUUGCUCCUUUAGUAGGCUUAAAAAAAUUCAGUUUAUCUGAGUUAAAGGCUGCUAUAAAGGAUGGAAACACCAUUGGAAGAGGUGGCUUUUCCAAUGUCUACAAGGGUAUAUUAAAUGAUGGAACUGUGGUCACCAUCAAGAGAGCAUACCACUUCACUUAUGAUAGUUCUUAUGAUCAACAUCGUAUAGUUUCAAAGCUUCAGCACAAAAACAUUGUGAAAGUUCUGGGAUAUGGACACAAAGUCAAAUCUUCUUCUAUGAUGCGGCUGUGGAAUCGCAAAACAGAUCGAGAUAAAGAAACAGAAUAUUUUUUAGUCGAAGAAUACAUGCCAAACGGAAGCUUGGACAAGGUCAUCCACGAGUCCCAACUUAAUUGGUCAUCCAUGUUCAGGAUAAUUCAGGGAAUAGCCCAGGGUGUCCAUUACCUACAUGAGCAGGGCGUUAUCCAUUUGGAUCUGAAACCCCCAAAUAUUCUCUUGGAUUCUAAUAUGAAUGCUAAGAUUACUGAUUUCGAUUUAUCUGUAACUGUGGACGAUAAUGAGGUCACUCUGGAUGUUAUAGCAGGCACACUGGGAUAUAUAGAUCCAGAAUUUCUGGCAGGGUCUACUGUGACAACAAAGAAUGAUGUGUAUGGUUUUGGCAUUACCCUCCUCGAGACAGUCCGCAGUAUCCGCAGAUGUAAAUCUACAGCGGCAUACCCAUUAGAUCAAUGGGCUUGGAAGGCUUGGGAAGCUGGCCGAAUAGAUGAGGAGUUUGAUCUGUCAUUGUUUGACGGGUCUGAGCUUACGGAGAUUAAAAGGUGUGUGAUGGUAGGACUGCUGUGUGCUCAGGAUCGUCGGGCAUAUCGCCCCAGCAUGGCAGAUGUUCUUGAGAUGCUAAAUGGAGACAGAGAGUUGCCAAACCCAAAGAAACCAGCGUACAUCUUAUCCGACGAAGAGAGAUCGUCGGCAGAUCAAUCUGAUGGAGAAAUACCUUCCAGCCCUUCUGCCUGGUCAGACGGAUCGUGAGCCCCAGAUGACUAUUUUGCUAUCUUGAUGGAUGAUGUAAAUUUGAUAGAAGUUUAUUUGCCCUUAAAAACUUACUAACGAAAUAAAUAAUUUUUGAAACAAA